AUGGACCGCCCAAAGUUGGAGUUCGUGCAAAUGGGACAGGGCCCCUACUUCCCCUCAUCGACCCUUCCUGGAAUGCAACGUGCAAACUUGAGGGUUCAGACCUCCAACAACCCUGCCCCGCAAGCACCAUCCCCCUCUCCAUCCGAUCCUCCUUACCCUCGUUACCCAAUAUCAAUUCCCCCAGACAAACAAGAGAAGGCUUUGAGAUUAUAUAUGAAGUUCGAAACUGCAGAACAGAAAGAAGGGCUCGCUCAACGACAAGAAGCCGCACCGCAGCCUGCACAUAAUUAUCUCACCGUUCCAGGUUCAUCUGCUCCGCACUCCACCGCCUCCUGCACAUCUUCAGGGCGUCAAAGAGCACAUUCUCUUUCUACAACUGGUGAUGCAACAACAGAUAUUUCUUCAAUCGUAUCAUUCGGCGGGGACGAAAGCCCUUCGUCUGCUAACGCUCGCCAAGGCGAUCCGAAGGCUUUCGAUGGAAAAACCGUCAAGCAGCGGAAAAGGAAACCGUUCAGCCCAAAGUCAAAGGCAAAGACGGCCCUAGUACGGUAUCUGGGGUCAUGUUGGGUUUGUCGAAAACGAGCAGUGCCUUGCCCAUUAGAUCACUUUGACAUAGAAUGUCUGAAAAGGCUGCGCUCCGCCAACAUACAGUCUCGGCAACGACGUCCAAGGUCCAUGCAUCAACAACGCCCCUCGAAUUCUAUUGCUCUAACACAGCAUGCCAGAUCUAUUUCGUCGGAACAGAUGACUGCGUUGCCGCAAAAUAAUGAUCUAUUCUUGGCCAUUGGACAAAAUCCACAACUUUUACAAAGCUCCAUGCCAUAUGGUAACCAACUUGAAAUACAAUCACCUGGUGGUCUAGAUCCCCUGGCAGGCAUAUCCUCAAAUUCAGCACCAUUCUACCCAACCUCUUCCGCAGACGACCCCAUAGGUCAAACUCUCUACUCUCAAUAUCAAGACGGUGCCAUGUUCGCCGUUGGAGUUUUCCGAGAAGCUUCCUUCCAAUGUCAAUUCCUCGGACUGUGCAGCGAGAGCUUCCCCAACCAGGAAGCCCUGCAACUUCACUUCGAGCAAGCACAUUUCCCAUAUACCCGUAUUGACCCCGCUUGUUGUAUCGUCUGCAAGUCUUGCCAGUACAUUGAGCCGAACAUGAAUGAACUUACUUGCCAGAGUUGUCAAAAGCCGUCACAGUUGGAGAUGUGGAUCUACGGACGCUUUAUGAGGGUGUCUGAGUGGGGUCGACACUCAUCCGAUGGAGGGGAUGCUUUUAUUUACACGCCCACCUCUGCUUCCUAUGCAGCUUCCUAUGACGGCUUAGGUUUCGAUGGCUCGAGGAAUGGAGAUGUGGGUGGAGAUGGUAAUGCGUUUCAAGGGAGUCCUCAUACGCAGAGCUUCGACUUCCAGAAUUUCGGAAUGGGGGGUUCUGAGUAUAGAGAGAAUGACCCCUUCUUCCCUGGUCAGAGCGGACACCAUGCAAACCUUCCCCCUUCGAGUCGCUACCAAGGACAUAACUUCAGUUACCGGAUCGUCACUCAACAUAAACAUACCAAGUUCCGCUCACCUAUAUAUCCCAAGACCAAAACUCUCGCCAUCCUCAUCUUUUUACUUGCCUUCUCCUCAAUAUCGAUAUCCCUCACAUUAAUCUUCACACUCACACCAGUAUACGAAUGGAUCACCUCCUUUUUCCAACGCCUUGUGCCGUCCGCAUCGGAGGUACUUGGGAGGUGGCACGCUCAUAUACCGGCUGUGGCGUUUAUGAGUUUAGUUGGUAGUUUCGCGAUGUGUUCUAGUGUCCAACGCGCGGGAUUUUUGAGGCAUACGAGAUUUGUAAGUCUUCGUUUCCAUCUUCUCACUUAAACUAGCUGGCAAGGGAAAAAGUGACAGGGGCUAAUGGGAUUUUUGUGGCAGAAACACGGGUAUUGUAUGUUGAGGGAUCUGGCGCCGUUUGA